GUGAGGAAGGGAUGAGAUCAGCUGGAGGUACAGAUGUUGAUGUGGCUGUUGGCUGGUUAGGUUUGUGAAUCAGGUCUUAUGUUAUCAGAGGAACGGUCAGUUUCUGGUGGUGUAAGUGGUGUGUGCAAUUACGUGAUUAAGUCAAUAUUAUUUUUUUUAUUACGAAGAGAUAGCACAAGCAAUAUACACAAGUGUACAUAAGCAGUUAAAAGCUGUGCAGGGUAUUUACUGUUUUGCUUCCCUCAAACAUCUCUGGAAUAUUCCCUCAUAGAGUCACUGGAUCUUCGGCUCUGAGUGAUCUUCUUUUUUUUUUUGUACCUAUACUUUGUAGAUGUUCAUAGUGGUAGUGGUGAUGUUAGUGGUGGUGGUCGUGAUGGUGGUGAUGGGGAUACAGUUACUCCCGUCACGACUUAUAUGCUGUUUUUUUUUUUUUUUUUUUUUUUUUUUUUUACACCUAGACUUCGGUGACGUUCAUGGUGAUGAUGAGAGUGGUGAUGACAGUAAUAGUGACAAGUAUAAUGAUGUAUCAAGUGAUUUUGAUCUCCUUUAUAGAGAGUUUUGUUAUUUUAGUAGUUAAUAUCUGGUCUAGCAAUACGUAACAACGCUCUCCUUGUGAUCUGUAUGUGUAUGUGUGAUGAUCUUGAAUGUUCAUUAGUGUUAGUAAUCACUGUAGACAGCUAUAUACAGCGUCAACCACAGGUUAGAAUAUCGAAAGCUGGUUAGCAUUUUUCAUCCUCGUAUCUUUAAAUGUGUGAAUUUUGAGUAAAGGUAAGUGGGCUCACACCUCUGGCAGGACAUGGCGGCCAACUGAUGGAGAAAGCGAUGUUAGUCACGUGCGUAGUCUGUGGUGAGCAGUGCAUAUGUCACAAAGGAUAACUAUUAUGAAGGAGGUUUAUCAGGGAAUUCAAUGAAAGCUAUGCCUCUAUCGAUGGUACUGUAUUUGCGACGAUCUGUUCUCUCAGUACAGUUGGCAACACUUGCAGUACCCCAGCCAGCAGCAGCAAUAUAGGGAACAGUAAAUAAUAUCAUACAGAAAAGUUAUCAAGCUAGAGAUUUAUCCAACAUGAGCUAUAGAUCUUUGCGGAUGGUAAUUUUAGGAACGGCCUGUGUAUUUGGUACAGUUGGUAGCACUGGUAGUUACACAGUAGGCCCAGCAGCAGUUAUCAAUAGCAGCGGCGUGCUGGUGACGUGUGGUUGUGUAAUUCUUGUGUCCGCGUGCUUGUGUGUUUAGCGAUAAAUAGACUUCUUUUCACCGUAAGACAAGAAUGAUGAAAAGCAAGCGAUGAGUUAGAAUGCGAACACUGUAACACUGAGUGGGGAAUGUGUAUGCAAUUAAUCGUUGACUGUAAACUAGCACUUAACCUUAACUAGUUCACUGCUGUUUGGCGCAUCUUUCUCUAACCAUUCUGCUCUGAGACAUUCCGUCAUUCUCUACGGUCAGACAUCAAGAUGGCUAGGUAUUGGAAAAUCAAUUCUUUCAUCUUUCCUUAACUACUAAUCACUCUGAUAUAUUCCCUAUUUCAUCACGGCGACCUUCAAAUAUCAUAAUGCCUAAAAUUUGCAAAAUCUAUUGUUACCCUUUUCCGUUGUUGUUGGUGCUUACAACGAUGCCAUAAUAUUGAUUCUAGUGCUGUGAUUCGUUGCCUGUUGCCGUGAAUUUCAUCCCUGGUGAGUUGGAGGCUCUUACGUAAACUUGUACAACAUGUCGCCAGUACCUUCUUGUAUCAAAGUAAACUGUAGUCGAGGAUAAACUGUAGACAUGUGAAAGGAGUCGAAGAGAAAAGGAAAGCAAGAACGUUAAAAGAUUACUGUUUUCACGUAUGUUAGUUCUCAAUCCAAAGACGCAAAAAUCCUGCUUGACUGCUUCUCACACAGGCAAUAGGAGUACAAUUUAUAGAUAUAUGCAGAAAAAAAAAAGUCUAAUGGUUACUGUUUUCACGCGUGUUUUUCUUUCAGCUGAAGAAUGAACGUCUCUCCUGCCUGGCGCUUCCCUCCUCUGCUGAUGUAUGGCAGCCUGCAGUGUGGUGAGGCGCCUGGUGGGCUGCCCUCGGUGGCAUGGUGGACAGUUGAUGAGGCAGCAGGUGCGGCGAGUGGUCAGCACACAGGAGCCUGAGAUUUUAAAGCAUCAGAUUCUUGCUGAGACAACAGUGAGCAGGGACCAUCUCACCCCAGAGCUGGCCCUGCACCUUAUCACCCCCGCCUGCCACCUCUGGAGGGCACCACCACACUUGUCACCAUUUCCAGACCCGUUCUGGGCCUUCUACUGGCCUGGCGGACAGGCCGUGUCCAGAUUCAUCCUGGACAACCCAGCAGUGGUGAAGGGCAAGACAGUGCUGGACUUUGGGUGUGGUUGUGGUGCGAGUGGACUGGCGGCGAAGUCUGCUGGUGCCAAGAGAGUCACCUUUAAUGACAUUGAUGAAGUUGCCAUGGAGGCGCUGCAGCUCAAUGCAGGUGUAAACAAGAUCUUGGUGGAUGACAUGACCACCACAAACUUGGUGGGGUCAGCUGGCUCCCCUCACCAAGUAGUGCUGGCUGGCGACCUCCUUUAUGACUCAAAGUUUGCAGGGGAGGUGCUCACCUGGCUGCAGCAGCUCAACAGGAGUGGUUCCCUCGUCCUGAUUGGUGACCCGGGCAGGUUUGCACUGGAGAGCCACCCACUCAAGGCCUCACUGCAGUGCCUGGCCAAGUAUGAGCUGGCCGCCACCACCCUCCUGGAGAACAGUGGCCACCCGCAGGCCUUUGUGUGGACCUUCAGCUAGUGGAAAAGGUACCAUAGACCUCUUUUGUGGUGAAUCUUUUGAUACAUGAAGUUUGGUCUUUUCAGUCAUGGAUUGUCAGUUUUAUUUCUACAUUAUUGUCAUGGUAAACUUAAAACACAUGUGCAUUGUUAUCAGGGAAGACUCAGAAUUCGUGUCUUUGUAGCCGCGUGUUGUAAAGUUAAGUUGCACAGCCAGAGGAAAGUCAAGCUGGGGACUCCUGUGAUAUUUUUUAUAGUUUUUGAACAGUAGAAAGAAAUGAAUUGGCAUCUCCAUAUAUAUAUAUA